GCCAGGGAGCUACGGGCCCCCGCGAUGCUGCUGCGCGCCGACCGCCGCCGCAACCCGCAGCAGCGCUCCUCCCUGCACAUAGCUGGCGGCAAGUACCAGAUCGACACCGACAAGAAGCUGGGCGCGGGGUGCUUCGGGGAGGUCUGGCGCGGGUAUGACGUGUCCACCCGGGAGCCCGUCGCCGUGAAGUUCGAGGACCUCCGCAGCCAGCCGCUGCAGCUGGAGCACGAGGCUUCCAUCUUGCGGCAGCUGGCCACGACGGAUCAGCCCCAGGGCUUCGUGCGCUGCUUCCACCUGGGCCAGGAGGGGCGGUUCAACUGCAUGGUGGUGGACCUGCUCGGCAGAUCCCUGGAGGACCAGCUGAACAUGUGCCGGGAAAAGAAGUUCACGGCGCCUACAGCGGUGUUGUUGGCAGAGCAGAUCUUGUGCCGGAUUGAAUAUCUUCAUUCGAAGGGCAUCGUGCACAGAGACAUAAAGCCUGACAACUUCAUGUCGGGCGUGGGUGCCAAGGUCCACCACAUCUACAUGAUCGACUUUGGCCUCGCCAAGAGGUACUAUACCGAUGGUCAGCACAUCAAGUACAGGAACCAGGUGAGCUUCACGGGCACGGCCCGGUACGCAUCCAUCAACGCUCACAAGGGUAUCCAGCAGACCCGGCGCGACGAUCUCGAGGCGAUCGGGCACAUGCUGCUCUACUUCCUGAGGGGCUCCCUGCCGUGGUCGGGCAUGAGCGGCAAGACGGAGGAGAAGUACCGGAAGAUCUGCGCAAAGAAGGCGACGAUUCCCCUGGACGAGCUGUGCGCAGGCUUUCCUGACGAGUUCAAGACCUACCUUCGCGACGUCCGGAAGCUCGGCUUCCGGGAGCGGCCCGACUACGCCGGACUGCGCCAGCUGUUCAGCACCCUGCGGUGCAGCCUGGAGCUCCAGGACCACGACUUCGAGUGGCUCGAGGGCAAGCGGCUGGACAUCCUGAUCCCGCUGAAGCCACAGGGCAACCUGGUCCAGCCCGACGACGUCCCGGCGCGGGAGCGGCCCGUCGAGGGCGGCGGCGGCGGCGCCGAGGAGGCGGAGCCGCGGGCGCCGCGGCGCGGGCUGGUGGCGCGGCUGCUUUGCGGUGGCAAGCCCGUGGCCCCAGCCUGA